AUGUCAGGAAUCAGUAACACCAACAAACCUCUAGAGCCGGAAGAUACCCUUAACGGCGCUGGUCGCUACGAUCCAAACUUCACAAACCAUGUCAUCUCUUCAAUCGGUCCGGCUACAGACCCUCGUCUCCGCAAAGUCAUGACCUCUCUCAUCAAACACGUCCACGACUUUGCCCGCGAGGUCGAUCUUACUGUAGACGAAUGGAUGGCAGGUGUAGAUAUGAUCAACCGCGCCGGUCAAAUGUCUACCGACCGUCGCAACGAAGGCCAACUAUUGUGCGAUGUCAUCGGCCUCGAAAGUCUGGUUGACGAGAUCACAUUCAAAGCCGCUGCAGACGCAAAAGACGCGGUCACCCAGAGUGCAAUCUUGGGUCCGUUCUUCCGCCAUGAUGCCCCUUUGCGAAGUAUGGGUGACAGUAUAUCAUUCGACACACCAAAAGAUGCAGAGGUUGCUUAUAUGCACGGUGUGGUGUAUGAUGUUGUCACCAAGAAGCCUGUAGACGGAGCAGAGAUCGACAUCUGGCAAGCAUCCACAAACGGAUUGUAUGAACAGCAAGAUCCCGACCAACAAGAACACAAUCUUCGUGGAAAGUUUAGGACCGAGAAGGAUGGAAGUUAUGGAUUUUACUGCAUCCGACCCACUCCUUAUCCAGUCCCUGAUGAUGGUCCGGCUGGUGAGCUUUUGAAAAAGUUGGACAGACAUCCUUUCAGACCUGCACAUAUUCAUCUAAUCAUUUUUGACGCAGAGUCCAAAUAUUUAGACAACGAUUCUGUUUUCGCGGUCAAGGACUCUCUGGUCGUGAAGUUUGAGCCUCGUCAAGGCGAUGAGAAGGCUGCACUAGAGUUGAAGUAUGACAUCUUGCUUGGACCGACGGAGUAA